AUUCUUGAAAUAGAUUUGCUACGUCAGUGUCACAUGUCUGACUGGACUUGUCUGGGCCAUCUACAGUGACUUGUUUGUAGUUACGGUUAUUACGAUAUUUCGAAAGACCUUUCCUGAGACGAUACAUAUUGCUAUCGGGUACACAUGUGAUUUCUUUGCCAGGCGGAAUAGCUGUACCCGGUAAAACGAAGUUUCUGAACUACCGCAGGAAUACGUUACCUGUACGGAUAUCUGAGACGUAACCUUCUUCAGAAAGUUGAAUGCAUUGGAACGAGUGUCACCGAGGAAAAUAUAUUGUUUAAUGGUGUACUUUGGGUAUCUCGUAACACGUCGGUUUCUAGGAACAUCUCACCUAUUGGGAUAUACGAGACAUAUUUUGGAGGUUUAUUUCAUAGAAAACAGUCAGCAUGAAUCGAUGGAGGGCCUUUGCUUCGUUACUGACAGCUAUGAUCACAUGCAUAGAAACCUCCAUACCUACGAAUAAUAGGAACCCGGAUAAUGCUGCAUUUGAUUGUGAAGGUGAAGUCGGAAAAGGCACAUUGGCCCAUCAAGUUAGAUUCCCGAACGGGAUCGAUGUUCUGUUAUGUUGCUAUCCCGUGAAUUGUACAGGAGGUAAAAUAGAAUUCUGCAAAAAAGACAUGGAAAAUGAUACAUGUGUUCCGUGUCAAGAUGGUUGUAAUUACCAUUCAAUCAGUUCAGGCAAUUCAUUCCAUCUGGACCAGUUCUGCAAUCACCCCUGCAUAUACGCCGUUCCUGUUGUAGAAUUUAUUUCUACGCAAUACAUAAAACACAGAGGAGAUACUGUGACUCUUCAACCGAAAAUAUACAGUGAUUAUCCACUCCAAGGAUCAUGUUGGGAACUCAAAAAUUCUAGUGGAAGCUAUGACUUAGCUGGUUGUAACUCGACUGAUUUCAAUUCAAGAAAAUACAAGGUUGGAGAUUUUCAAGAUCCAUUUCUGAUUAUAAACAACUUAAAAUUGUCAGAUCAGGGAAUAUAUCAACUCAGUGUAUGGAAUGAGAAUGGAGUAUCCAUCAGUAGCAAUGUCACGUUAAAUGUCACAGCACGUCCUCUAGUGAUCAUGAAAGAAAGUGACACCGUCGAUGAGGGAUCAGUGUAUGAUAUACGCUGUCAUGUAAAGGGAAAUCCAGAACCGAACAUCGUUAAGAUGACAUUUACGGGCAAUGAUAGGCAAGAAUCAAAACAACUUGACAUAAGCACUCAACGAGACGGGUAUGUUACCCACAGACUUCAGAACGUUUCUGCAAAAGAUAGUGGUAACUACACCUGCAUUGCGGAAAAUACAGAAGGUCAUGGUGAAAAAACUCAGCAAUUGAUUGUCUUUACAAGACCACAGAUUUCCUCGCCUGAAGAAGGGAAAAAUCUGACAUGUGAUGUUGGAGAAUAUAUUUCAAUACCUGUCUCGGUAACUUCAAACCCGAAACUUACGAACUUCUCGUGUCAUCAAUUAAGUGACAAUUCUAAAACAAUGUCGACUUUUAUUUAUCACAGCAAAGACAACACGGUGACCUAUAACGUCUCCAUUCAAAACACCCAGCUGUCUCAUACUGGGAAGUACAUUUGCAUGGCUUCUAACCGGCUAGGGACGAACAACAUCUCCGUAUCUAUCGUCGUGAAAUCUGGAGAAACGACAGAACCUAGAGUCCCGGUGACAAAUGAUAUUGUCCACUAUGUGCCCCUUGCAUUGACAUUAUCUAUAGCAGUUGUUGCUGUUGUCAUACUCGUAUUGUAUCUUUGCAGAACGCGUGAUGCUAAACGUCAGAGAGAAGGAGGCGAAACGCUUGAUGCUAACCGUCGAAGAGAAGGAGGAAGCGCAGUAGAAAUGGAACAUCUGCAGUCCAAUAGCGAGCAGCAAUAGUCCAAUGGUAACACACAACGUUUAUCUGAAAGAAGAAAUAAUGAGGACAAUGGAAUAGCUAAUGCAGACUCUCUAUUGAACAAUAGUCCUACACAAGGCUCCGGUGCUAACUCUAAACCACCCUGUAGAAUUGCACAACGUUCCUCUGUUGGUUCUCAAUCAUCAGGCGGUAUUACUCAAGGCUCCGGUGAUGUCUAUGAAUCGUCAAGUGAUUUAACACAAGGUUCCGGUGUUUACUCCCGACUGCCCAGUGGUAUUACACAAGAUUCCGCUGUGAACUGUGAACCGCCCUGUAGUAUUCCACAUGGUCUCGGUGAUGACUCUAAACCACCCAGUGGUAUUAUACAAGGUCUCGGUGAUGACUCUUAACCGCAAAGUGAUAUUAUACAAGGUCUCGGUGAUGACUCUAAACUACAAAGUGAUAUUAUACAAGGUCUCGGUGAUGACUCAAAAUCGCAAAGUGAUAUUAUACAAGGUCUGGGUGAUGACUCAAAACCGCAAAGUGAUAUUAUACAAGGUCUCGAUGAUGAUUCUUAACCGCAAAGUGAUAUUAUACAAGGUCUGGGUGAUGACUCUAAACUACAAAGUGAUAUUAUACAAGGUCUCGGUGAUGACUCUAAACCGCAAAGUGAUAUUAUAAAAGGUUUGUGUGAUGACUCUAAACUACAAAGUGGUAUUAUACAAGUUCCCGAUGAUGACUCUAAACGCAAAGUGAUAUUAUACAAGGUAUCGGUGAUGACUCUAAACUACAAAGUGAUAUUAUACAAGGUAUCGGUGAUGACUCUAUACCGCAAAGUGAUAUUAUACAAGGUCUGGGUGAUGACUCAAAACCGCAAAGUGAUAUUAUACAAGGUCUCGAUGAUGAUUCUUAACCGCAAAGUGAUAUUAUAAAAGGUUUGUGUGAUGACUCUAAACUACAAAGUGAUAUUAUACAAGGUUUGUGUGAUGACCCUCAACCGUCAAGUGGUUGUACAUAAGGUUCCAAUGAAAACUCUCAACAGACUACUGAGGCUUCAUUAUUAUCCGACUGGCUUGAGCUUUUAAUAAGAAGUCAAUGACCGAAUCCUAAUAUAUUCACCAGAAUGAAACUAUAGGCUUUAUUCAUUUCGUAAAACUUUACUGGUUGUACGUAAAUUGAGCUUGAAUUUGGUUAAGAAUUGCGUUUAUACUAUAGGGAAUACAUUUUCAAGUUUUUGAAAUAAAACACAUUAUAUUUGGAA